GGAAAAGAUCGCUACACCACCUGACUCACCUCCGCCAAUCAGAAAGCUUGUUGCUCCGACUCAACCUCAACCUCCUCCAGAUGCAGAAACACCUUCUUCCCCUGAUUCGUCACCAUCUCCAACGAGAAGAGAGCUCCACAAUGAGCCAGAUCCUCCCGAUUCUCAACCUACUGACUCCCCGAGUCCACCAAUCACAGAGGAGGAAACCGAAUCAGCUGACCUGGCUCCUCCAAUGAGAGAGCUUCCUCCGUCUCCUCCACAGCAACAGAGGGAGUUAGAAGAUCUACCAGAGGAGGAACACAGCUCCACACAGGAGGUGACGGCAGAGCGGCCAAUCAGAAUGGAGGGAAUGCUGGAGAUCAAACUGAAGCAAGGAGGAAUCAAGGGUCUGGAUCACUGGGAGGAAGUGCUGGCUGUUCUGGAAGGAGAGACGCUCAGCCUGUUUCAGGACAGAGCGGCUGCUGCAGAGAGGGCCUCUAGGUGGCCUCCUAUCAACAUGGAAGGAGUCAGUUGCAGGGUGAACGCUCACUACCGGAGGAAGGAGAACACCUUCAAACUCAUUCUGGAGGACGGCACUCAGUUCCUGUUCGCAGCGCAGAGCAGAGAGCUGCAGCUGCUCUGGGUGAAGAAGCUGCAAAACUGUCCAGAAUCUGCCAGCAGCGACUCUGAGGACUCAGGAGCCUCAUCAGUCAACCUCAGUCUGGAGAAGUUGGCAGAAGCUCAGGAGGAUUCAUCCUCAACGAAACAGCCGGACAGAAGAGCUGAGAGCCUGGAGAGACAACUGUCCACAGAGGGGCAACCUCCUCCCAAACCCCCCCACUCUUACUACAACAAACACAACUUCUUCGAGGAAGGGGAGGCCAGCACAGAUAAUGAGAGUCAUCAGAACCUGCCCCCCCCAGAAGACCAGGACUCCCCCACUGAGACCUCUCAGCUGCCAGAGGACAACGCCAGCAGAGACCGGUCGAAGAAGAGCGUCUUCAGGAAGUUUUUCACUAAGAAGUAACACUUUAUUGCAGUCAUCCUGCCUCGCUAGUUCUGGGAAGCCAAACAGGUGACAAAGACUCUGAUAUUGAAAUGAUGAAAGCCUUAAUGGAUGCCAAGUAGAACUAGUUUAAAAGGUAUUUGAUUUAAGUGCCUUACAGAAGAGGAACAAACCAGUGAUGGUAAUGAAGGUUAAUACAGUCGAGCGCAAAAGCAAUUCCCAGAACGAAAUCUUAUUUUGUAAGAACUUUUUCCAGGUUUUCAGAGUUCCUUACAAUACCAAAAGCCAGGAGAUACAUUUAAAAGCUCUGGAAUUAGUCGGAAGAGUUUAGAAGAAGUUAGUUUAGCAAAAUAAAGAUCCACUUACUCACUUUUCCAAGAUCUUUCCUCAAAAAAAGACAAAGAAAUGCCUUUGUGGAAAAAGCUACUAAAUGGGCCUUCUGUAGUUUCUUUGAGAGUUGCUCUAAAGAUGUUUUGUUUUAUGUAAAAAAUAAUUAAAAAAGCAGAACUAAGAGCCGUGUUUCCACCGUAGUGCUCAAAGACACGUGACUGGUCACCCACGUGUUUUCAUCUUGAAAUAAACUCCACUUUUUUAUAACAAAUGAGUUUCUACUUAAACGUCUUUCUGAAAUCUAUUAGUUUGAUCUCAAAGUGUUUCUGAAAUUAGCUCCAGGUUUUUGUUUCUGAAACAGACGGAUGAUAAAUAUCCUGUCUGCCUCUGGAGGGAAUGUGCUUGUGUGUGUUUUUAAUUUAAAAUAGUUUGAAGUGACUUCAUCUGAAGAGUAUUGAUCUCCACCUUUCAGAAAAGUGAAUCGAUUCAAACAAAUGUGUCCCAUGUAGGAGCAGAAACGGCUCCUUUAUUUCGAAGAGAUGAACUUUGCUUAAUGUGCGUCAGUGUUUCUGGAAACAAACUCCCAUUUAUUUAUUAAUCCAAGCAUCUUCAGAGCCGCAUUGAAUCGGAUCAAUAAGUCAAUCAUUAAAAAUAAUGAGUCAGAUUAAAGACGUUGGAGAGAAAUCCGGAGUUCAAACACUUUACGGAAAUUAAAGCCGAUUGAAGUGAUUUCUUUCUGAGAGUCAUUCAGACAUUAUGAAUCAUACACAUCAUAAAUACGUGACCUCACGCCAUCAUUGAUUAGCUCUGCGUUGGGUUUGAAAUGAAAACUCUUUAUGUUUCAGUUUUUUAGUAAUGAUCAUUGUAGUGAUUUCUGUAAGGUCUCUGCAGCACAUGUCGUAGAUUUUAUAAGAAAUAUUGAGGAGGAUUUGAAGCAAACUCUGAUUAAAUUGCACUGAAUGUUUUUAAUAGAAAGCAUCAGCCAAAUGAAAUGUCAUUAAAUAUUUCCAUAUUUCACACUAAA